AAUAAUCCAAUAUCAAUAUCACGUUUAUUAAAAAGUGCUAAUCAUUAAAGAAUUAUUUGUUUUUUUUUGAUAAAUUACAUAAAGAAAUCGAUCAAGUGUUGAACAUGUUUUUAAUAUAUCAUCAAUUAUAUUUGAAAAAUAUAGAAAAAUAUUUAUUGAAAUAUUUGGUGAAAAUCAAUAUAAAUUAAAUUAUUCUGAUUAUCAAUAUAAAAGAGCAUCAAAUCAAAUAAAUCCUAAAUUAAAUACAAAAAAUAAAUUAAAUAAAUGUUCACAUCAAGAUUUAUAUUCACUUCUAUGGACAAUAUAUGCAUUAGCUAAAACAAUUUAUCCAUCAACUAUCAAUGAUCUGAUUGCUUCAUUUCAUUUACUUAUUUCUAGUUUUUUCUUUUAUUUAUGA